GUAGUGCCAAAAAAGGAUUCAACGGACACCUGUCUUGAAUAUCUUUUUCACAAUUACAGUGUUCUAAGUUCCUUGCACUGCAUCGCACGCAAUGGGCUCCACCGAUGAUCUUCCGAUUGUGAACUUCGAAGCGCUGAGCCUCAAACAUGAACAAGUACCUGACCGUGAUGAUCCUACAGUAAAAGAAUUAGCCAGGCAGAUGGUGAAGCAUUUUAGUACAGUGGGAUUCGCUUAUAUUACCAACCAUGGCCUUACCCAAGAAAAGGUAUAACUUUUCUCUUUAUAUUUUCUAAGAACACAACAUAAUUAGCGAUUUUGCAUUAAAAUACACUUACACCAAGGUCUAACUAGGUCUAACUUUUUUCUAUUUGCGACUGACAAGCCACGUGAACGACUUCGCAAAUGCUAGAAGCCAUCCCAGAGAGAAACCUUUGCUGGCAGGGUAUUGGCUUCGGGGCUUUAGCUUUGAUUGGAAAGGACGUUAAAGAAGUAGGCGUCCCGAUGGGUGUCUUCAACUGAAGCAAAGACUGAAGACUUGAAUCCCAGUUUAGUUUGAACAACUGUUGAAACACGAGAAAACGGCGGAAAGACAGUAAAACGUUCUGUUCGUCCCUUAAACAAACGAUAUCGUUGAGUUCUUCGUUUUGUAAAAACGAUCCUUGUUCCAGUGAGAAAAAAGCCCAGCGGGGAAAGUGGGGGUGGCGGGGGGUACCGGAUUCCAAGUGAAGGGAGGAUGAUCGCAAGAUUCUUGGGGGUAGAAAAUUUAAACAAGUGUCGUAGUUUUUUGUGCGUGUGACAUUAAGUAGGGAUUUUUGCGCAAUAUUCGAAACAGUUCCAGGGAUUUUGACAUCCUGGUUUUGAUUUUUGCCCCAUUCAAUUGUCCACAACCGCCACCCCUCCACCCCUUCGGUCUAAGUGACCGGAAGACGAAGUUAGGUUGGAUCAUCCCGUCACUUGGAAUCCAGAGUACCCCUCCUCAGGGCCAAUUGUUAAAAAACCAGACCCUUUAGGACCGUACAUCCUAUAAAUAGCUUGAUAUAUGAGAGGUAGUAAUCUCUCCCCCGGAGAAUAACUAACUUGCCUUUACUAAAAACGCGAGGUUAUUAAACAAAAGACUUUAUCGACAUAAUCUCGCAAGAAAAUGGGUGUGCUGAAACCACCCGAUUAUCCUGAUUAUUAUCUUAUUUUGUCUGUUUAAUUGUUUAUAAUGCAAUAACUGUACUUAAUUGCAGGUUGAUGCCGCAUUCAGCGCUGGGGACAGGUUUUUCACUUUGGAAAGUGAAGUCAAAGAAAAAUACAAAAAAGAGGAAAGGGCCAGUCAAAAUGGGUGGGACGCAUUGGAAAGAGAGAGGUAGUUAACUCUUUAGAGUAGUCACAAGUGCAGCACGUAAAGCCAUAGGUUAAACAGCUUUGUUAUCCGACCGCAAAUCAUAUAUGUGUUUUAUACUGCUGUUACAACAGAGCCUUUGGAAUAAAAAAUAAACUAGCUCUAAGUUAUCAAGGUAAGAAUUACGGGGCGAUGCAGUUAAUUUUUUUUUUUUCUAUUUGCAAUCUUACCUAAGCGAAAAUGAGUUGUCUAAACCGCCUUGACACGCUCUUCUCCGCUGAUCGGCGGCUCUUUGCGUCGUAGGGAGGCGGGGGAAAGGGGAAAAAAAGCGCGCGGGGCCGGGGGACGAUAGGAAUGGGGAAAGCCGCAAAUAAAAAUAAACGAAAUUUUCUUGAACGAAGCUUUGAUCCACUUGAUGUUAAGAUCCGAAUCAGAUCAGUAGCAGGGCAUCUCUCAAUCACGCUUUAAAUGUUCCUUUUACGCAUAUGGAGUUAAUUUCAUAAAUGAAACAGACGAGAGGGGGAUACGUCACGUUGCCAUGGAAGCAAAUUCUCUGGAUCUCAACAAACCGUGAAAUAUGGCAGAAAAAACGAAAAAUUUAGCAUGUAAGACUUUCCGGUGCAUAAUUAUUGCACUCAGGAACAAUUAAACAGUAGCCCAUACUUUUCUUCCAUCGUUUGACAAUGCAAAUUAGCUGUCUGUGUUUCAAGAAAGAUUGUUGAGAUCUUUCCAGUCGUUCAGAUAGUUUAUUGUGGGUUGGGCCUUCCCCACAAUCUGAACGCCUGGAACAGGCUAGAUGAGAUCAGAAAUUCCGCUGUAGAGUAACGUUACGUCACACAAUUGUCAAUACAGUCGAUUCUCUCUUAACGAACACCUCUGUAAAUCGGACACCUAGAGUUGGUCCCUGCCUUUCUUUACUCUCUUUAUUGAACUCUCUAUACGACAGUAAUCUCUCCAAGACGGAAACUUGGUGCCGGUCCCAGAGGUGUCCGUCUGAGAGAGUCGAGAGAGAGUUAACUGUACUUUUGACACCCUGCUGGUAGAGGUUUAACCCCCAACAUGUUCGCGCCGCUGAUAUUCGCGUAGUGGGCCUAUUUACGUCAGACAACCCCGCGCGAACGACUUCGUUAUCCUAAAAAAUUUAUCUUUUUUUGUUCUAUAGGUUCUAUAGUUUUAUUCCUUUAACGUAUUGUCUUUUGAUUGCAGUGUUAAUCGGCGAGAAAAGACACCAGGUGAUCUAAAGGAAUGCUUCGAUAUAAAAGAUUUCUUGGAGGAUGACUUCGUAAGUCAAUAGCUAGAUGCCAAGUUAUCCAAUGAAAAGCCACACCAAGGAGAGCUGAAAAAGUUAACCUAUUUAAUCCGAUGAAAUACCGAUAUGAAUAUAAGAUAAUAAUAUAUAACAGAUAAAUUGACUUGUUCUACUAUUUUGGACAGUGACUCCACUAAGAUAUUCGUACUUGCAAGAACAAGUCUAGCAACUUAACAUUUUGAGAUUCACGGCGAUUACAUCUUUAAUUUCUACAAACGAGUUCAGCUAUAGUGCCAGUCAGAUCUUUUCCUCCAAAUGUGCGGUAACUUUUCAGCCCGUAGACACGUAGUAGUGAUAAUAAUAAUGAGAAUUAAUCUAAAAACGUGACCUGAUUUGAAAUACAAUGCAAAAUGUUCUCAUAAAAAGCAUGUGGACUUAAUUUAGAACCGUGGUUUUGUGCCGGGAACGCUUAGAGAUUAUUAACGCUUUCAGAAACAGUGUAGAGGAAUCAAAGUUUCCAGAAGUUUCCGGAAGUUAUUUUUUGCGUACUGUAAUGUUUUCAAGGUAGGAGAUAUCGACUGAAGUUGCGUAUCCAGUGUUGGAUUCGUGCAGUGAGGUUUUUGGCUGUUGGCGCUACUGUGGGCGAAACUUCAUAACAAAACAAGCCAAGUUUGAGUCUCAUUUCAGGAUUUCAAAAUUAACACAAUUAUUUGAAUCUUUGAUGCAAACAUGACGCUCAUAAAAUAGCUUUCCUUGCCCGAAAAUUUUACGGGACUUACGAGAAACAAUCUCUCUCUGGAAACAAGUUAUAGCGCUAAUACACUAAAGGGGUCUGGAACGGCCAAAAACUGAGAGUGAAAGUUAAAGGCCAAUUUUGAAGCGGUUCCUACAGUAUUUCAAAGGUCGAAAUCUUGGUUCCAAAACUCGCACUAGCUGAUCGCGUAGUAAAUUUUUGCCCCACAUACCUGAUACCCCUAACCUAUUCCCUUGCCGUUCUCACUUAAGUCAAUCCUGAACUCUACCGUGAGCUGUGACGUCACUGAAACAGAGGCUCGUUUACCCUUUUCCAGACUUCGCGCCGACAACAAGUCAAAAGAGAACGCUUAGGGACUAGGCUGAUGAUACCCAUGUACAGUUUGUGUACCACUGGCUGCUUUAAACUCGACUGGUGUAAAAACGGGACGCAUAAAAGUUGUCGAGAUGAUUGGGAAAAAUAACAGAGUUUGUGAAAAAAGAGAAAACACUGACUCUUCCCAGUCCCUUCUGGACGAGUUGGGCACAAAUGCUUCAAAGUUUACGGCGUUCCGUUUUCAUACUAGACACUUCUUAUGUCUGAGGCGAGAAAGUCGUUUGUUAAAUGAUUCUGAAUGACGCACUUUAAGAAGACAUUAAAUGCAUCUGUCUUAUUUACCGUUCAUAGCUAGACACUUUAACGUCUUUAGCAUAAAAACGGCCACUAAGUUGCAAUGACAACAAUAGCGUGCGCCGUGAACGUUCCAGUCAAGGAUCAGUGUUAAUAAUUGCUCGUUAUUAUCGGUCAUUUGCAGCUUUGGCCAGCGGAAGUUCCCAACUUCGAGGAACAUGUGUUGAAUUUAUGGAAAGAUACUCAUGAGCUCAGUUUAAGGGUGCUCUCAACUGUCACAAUUGGGAUGGGUCUGGUAAGUUCCAUAUUGGGCCAUUUUGGCGGGGUUAAAAUUCGAUGUAAUUGGUCCGUUGACUAUAAAUUGACGAAUAAAGAGAACAUAAAAGCGAAUCUACUAAACUUUUUUCUUAUUUCCUUAAUGGAAUAGCCGUUCCAUCAUUUAUGGUGUGUUAUGUUCACGUGGUAUCAGCUAAAGAAACGAAUUUGAAUGGAAUAAAAGUUUGUAGGCGGGUUAGAAUUAACGCUUUUGAAAUGAAGUGAGACAGAAAAAUUUUUAAAGUAUCAUGGACGGAGCACAGAACAAAUUAGUCAGUUAGGGAGGAACUCAAAAAGGAAGAUCAAUGGUUAGAGAUCUUUAUAAAUAAACAAAAGCUGAAGUACUAAUCUUGGCACAGGAUGCGGUAUUGCUAAAGAGAACAGUAUUCUGGAUGGAGAUGACAUGAGAUUGUCGUGAAAAUGAGCGGGAAAGCCGAAUUAAUACCCCAUUCCUGAUCCUGUUAGUCUGACAGCAACAGGAAGGAUUAUGACUCACAAAUGAUAUUGAAUUAACUUAACUACUUUGUUUCAUCCCAGGAUCCUACAACUUUUGACUUUGCUUUCAAACAUACUGGGAAGCUUGAAGGAAAUUCUGCGCUUCGCUACACUUACUACCCAAAAGCUGACCCGACAAAGGUGAAACCUGGUCAGCUACGUUGCGGGGAACACACUGACCUCGGGAUCAUAACGAUGCUAUAUCAAGAUGAAUUAGGAGGUUUGGAGGUGAGACAUUAACAGAAACUAAUAUCAAACCAAUGACAGUCGCUCCGACUGAGUGACGCCACCUACUGGUUUCUUCUCGAAAUGACGCCUGAGAAACGCGCGCAGAAAUUUCAUACUGACGACGCGUCGUGGUUGAGCCGCGUGGGAAAUUUGCUUCAACCAAUCAGAAGAUGCGUCAUCAGUAUGGACGUUCUGCGCUCGUUUCUCAGACGUCAUUGGCGGCAAACCAGCUUUGGCGUCGCGAAAUGUCGGCUGUUUAGGCGAGGAGAGCCUUUUGAAUUUCGAAAACUUUCUGCUCACCCUAGCUCUGCGCGAUUAUGAGCUCGACGAUUACACAAAGGAAACUUCUGCGAACUUGUGAAGGAGAGAUGUCUAGAAUUGUUAAGAAUUUUUUCAUGUAAAGCAGUCGGCAUAAGUGACCUGUGAGCGAAACAACUACAGUAUUUCACUUAAGACCCUUAAUCUUCGACUCAUUUUUGGAAUUUCCAGUAUCAUGAGAGGAUUGGAGAAAUGAAGCCGAAAUGUUAGCAGUGAAAAUCUUAAUAAUAAUAAGCGGAACUAAAAUGUACUUCCUUACUUGAAUAUCUCUGUUUCUUUUCUAACAGUUUUUGUCCGCUGAGGGGAAAUAUGUUCCUGCAGUUCCCAUCAAAGGAUCUAUUUGCAUCAAUAUUGGAAACAUGAUGCAGAAGUUGACAUCAGACAGGCUUAUCGCAGGGGUAAUGGUUUUAUGUUUAUUUUUUCAACAUUUUUUUGUUAAACUGUACAGUGACGCAAAAGUAGCUUUUUUGGAAUCAGAUUACCUAUAACAGAUAAAAGUUGUCUCGGACCCUACUGGGGCAGACUGGGUGUGAUUAUUGCGGGCGACAGGAGGGGUCCACAAUCCUAAUCUGCCCGGGUUGCUCGAAGCAUGGUUAGUGCUAACCAGCGUUAAAUACCAUGGAAACCUAUACAUUUUGAUACCUCUUAACCAACGGUUAGAGCUAACCAGGCUUCGAGCAACCGGCCCCUUUUUUGCUACUGCGCAUGUUCAGCACUUCGUCUGGACUUCCACUAAAAAUGAAUGGAAUACACAAAACGCAAUCUGAUAACGCGCAUUUGACCAUAUUAUAUCACGUAGAACUUUCGCAAAGCACAGCGUUGGGGCAAAAGCGUUUUAACAAUCGAUCGCCCGCACGCCGUAACCUUUGGUUAGUACUUAUUUGGCUAACCAUAACCUUAAAGCAAAGUACUUCGUGUCAAGCUAACGUAAUAAUAGUCUCUCUGCAUAUAACUCAUAUUAUUUUAAUUUGGUACUUUACCUGCUUGAGCGGCUUUGUCUUCUUGUGGUACUUUCCUUACUCGAGUUGCUUAGUACUUACCACUUUAGAUGCAGUCACACGCUAUAACUGCAAAUUUAACCAACUGCUGGACGUUUAUCUGAGCGUUUAAUAAAUAUCUAACGGAAAACCCUUAAAAGCUACAACAAUGAUAGUAAGGAAGAACAUCUGUCAGGCAACAAUACUUUAAAUUUAUGAUCAUUUUUCUUAUAUGUAAAUACUAGUCAUCCCGGUAUGUUACAUUAUAUGAGCCCCUUCGAUAAUCGAGUACAUUGCCUCUAAUUUCCUACACACUAAUGGUCACAGUCUUUAUGGGUCCCACCUUUAGGGGUAAAGAAUGGAAAUUCGAAACUUUGCGAGACCCUUGUUUCAAAAUUCGAGCCUCCGAGACGCAAAAUCACCCGAGAUCUCACGAAAUCGGGCCAAAAUUUUCCAAGACCCACGUUUUUUGAGGAAUUAUUCUAUGCCCCGACCUUUAUAUGAUAAACGUUUCGUCCCAUGUAAUUGUAAGAUAAUCCAGAUUCUGGAAACGUUUUGCUUAUGGAAUCCAGAAUCCUGAGCUUUGGAAUCCGGAAAUAGCUCUAGGAAUCCGGAAUCCCGCUAUAACGAUUGGAAACCGGAAUCCAAGUUCCAUUAACAAGGAAUCCGAAAUUCAUCACCUGGAAUCUGGAAUCCAUCACCUGGAAUCCAGAAUCCAUCACCUGGAAACUGGAAUCCAUCACCUGGAAUCCAGAAUCCAUCACCUGGAAUCCGGAAUCCAUCAACUGGAACCUGGAAUCCAUCACCUGGAAUCCGCAAUCCAUCACCUGGAAUCCGGAAUUCACAGCAUAGAAUCCAGAAUCCAAGACUGCCUUGGAUUCCCUUACAUGGCGCAAAACUUCAUUCCAUUCUCUAACUGAUUGUUAAUUGCAUUUCAGCGCCAUCGAGUAGUGGUGUCAGAAAAGGAGGUGAAUUACUUGAACCAUCCUCGACGCUCGCUUGUCUACUUUAUGCGUCCAGAUCUUGACGCACAGAUUGAGUGCCUAGAUGGGUCCAACAAAUACGUGCCAAUAAUCAGCGGAAACUAUGUAAAGCAAAAGUUAAAUGCCACUUAUCAGUAUUGA